AUGUCGAAAAGCAACAACCCACUGAACCCAAAUCGUGUUGCGGACCCAAGCGUUGGCAAACCACGUUCAAAGGCCACAAUUAAUAGACUGAAAAUGUACCGCACCAGAGCACACCACGACAAAAACGGAAAACUCAGAUGGCAAGAACUUCAGUCGCAAGAACUUUCAGAUACCCGAAUCCAGCCAGACAGAAGAUGGUUUGGUAAUGUACACAGUAUCGGUCAAAAGGAACUCGACACAUUCAGAGAAAAACUGACUGAAACUGUCCACGACCCUUCACAAGUCAUUUUGAAGUCACAAAAGGUGCCUUGGAACUUACUUGAGAUCAAAGAGAAGGAGUACAAGGGCGGCGUAUUAGAGGCCGAGCCAUUCACUGAGGUGUUUGGAAAGAACUCGAAGCGGAAAAGACCCAAAUUAGCAGUGUUGGAAGAAGCCGAGUUGGUCAGAAAAGCGCAGGAAAGACAAGAGAAUUACGAUGUGGAAAAAGACAAGAACAUCAAAAACGAUGACGACUUCAACACGAAGAUGACAAAGGAGAAAUUGUACGAGAAAGGCCAGUCUAAGCGUAUUUGGGGUGAGUUGUGGAAAGUUGUCGACUCUUCUGAUAUCAUUAUCGAGGUUCUUGAUGCCAGAGACCCAAUGGGAACCCGUUCGAAACACGUCGAAGAGCACAUCAAGAAUCACAUGAAGCACAAGAAGAUCGUUUUAGUACUCAACAAGUGUGAUUUGGUCCCGACAUGGGCGACGGCGCGUUGGAUUCAAGUGCUCUCGAAAGAGUUUCCGACCAUUGCGUUCCACGCAUCGAUGGAGAACCCAUUUGGUCGUGGGAGUUUGAUGAAUUUGUUGAGACAGUUUGCGAGUCUGAUGGUUGACGGUGAUCGACAGAUCUCUGUAGGGUUUAUUGGGUACCCUAACAGUGGGAAGUCGUCAGUGAUCAACACGUUGAGAACACAGAAAGUGUGUAAAGUGGCGCCAGUUGCUGGACAGACGAAAGUGUGGCAAUACAUCACUUUAAUGAAAAACAUAUACUUGAUUGAUUGCCCUGGUGUAGUACAUCCAUCGGAUGACACGGAGACAGACAUCAUAUUGAAAGGUGUUGUUCGUGUUGAAAAUGUGAAAGACCCUGAGCACCAUAUACAAGGAGUAUUGGACAGAGUCAAAGAAGAUUAUAUGAGAAAGACAUACGACAUUAAACAAUGGGAAGACGCUGAGGAUUUUUUGGCCCAACUUGCACGAAAAAGAGGGAAGUUGUUGAAGGGAGGAGAGCCCGAUUUACAUAUUGUUGCGAAAUUGAUCUUGUACGACUUCCAGAGAGGAAGACUCCCUUACUUCAUCGCACCACCAACACCAAAACUGAAUGAUACCGUUGACACAGACUAUAACGACGUUCUCAAGUUGGAGAAACAACAAUUCAAUCAACUGAAGACAGAGAUGGAGUUCAAUGAAGCUGAUAUGAAGAACAAAGAUGAGAUUGAUGUCGACCAAGAGAAUGAUAUGGAUGAGCACGUCGACCACAUAGAAGAAGUGAAAGACGAGGAAAUCAAAAAAGAGGACGAAGAUGGCAAGAUGGAAAUCGUCGAGGACGACGUGUACGUGAGUGACGAUGAAGAAGAUAAGAUGAACGAUGAAAAGUUGCUCGCGACUCGAAAAGAAAGAAUGGAAAACAUGGACGGACUUGGGAAGAAUGCAAGACGUCGAAAGAAACAACUUUUAAAGAUGGAAAGGAAAGAGAACAAAAACAAAGGAAAUAAAGAGAAAAAGCCAAGGAAAGAGAAACCAAAAACUAUUUCUCGAGCUCGAAGACACCAAGGCGUGCCAAAAGCGUUGAUUUGA